AUGGCCCUAUUAGUGUAUGUUGAUGAUAUACUAGUGGCCAAUCCUAAUAUAAGCUUGAUAUUGCAGAUUAAAUCACAGCUUAAUGAUCAGUUUCAAAUCAAAGAUCUCGGACCUCUGAAAUAUUUCCUUGGUCUUGAAGUGGCCAGGCAAAGAAAAGGCAUUGUGGUGUCCCAAAGGAAGUAUGCCUUAGAGUUGCUAGAUGAAGCAGGCUUCAUGGAAUCCAAGGAUGUGCAUAGCCCUACAGUUCUUUCCCACAAGUUGAGUAGAAAUGAAGGAGAUCCUCUUGAUGAUAAUACUCAAUAUAGAAGACUUAUUGGAAAGCUUUUGUAUCUAAACAUCACAAGGCCUGACAUAAGCUUUGCCACACAACAAUUAUCUCAAUUCCUAGAUAAACCUACACAUCUACACCUGCAAGCAGCUCACAGGGUGUUGAGAUAUCUUAAACAAGCUCCUGGGCAAGGCCUUUUCUUUCCAGCUGGUUCUGAUUUCCAGUUAAAGGCUUUCUCUGAUUUUGAUUGGGGUGCUUGUAUUGAGUCUAGAAAAUCUGUCACUGGUUUUUGCAUUUUUCUAGGUGAAGCUCUGGUAUCUUGGAAAUCCAAGAAACAACCAACCAUAUCUAGAUCUUCCUCAGAGGCAGAAUAUAGAGCUUUAGCAGCAACCACAUGUGAAGUUCAAUGGCUGAUUUAUUUACUUGAUGAAUUUUUCAUACAUCCUAAUAUCCCUGCAGCUAUCUACUGUGACAGCAAGUCUGCAAUAGCUAUUGCUGAAAAUCCUGUCUACCAUGAAAGAACCAAGUAUAUAGAGAUAGAUUGCCACCUUGUUAGAGAGAAAUUACACAAGGGGAUUAUCAAGCUAUUUCAUGUCACCUCAGAAAAUCAAUUGGUAGAUGUUCUAACUAAAGCUCACUGUCCAAAUUCCUUCUUCAAAUAUGUUUCCAAGCUGGGAUUGUUUAACCUAUACAAUCUAGCUUGCGGGGGGCUCUCAGAAGAUACAAAGCACAGCAGCAACACUCCAUCCAUCAACUAG